CACCUGACCUCCUCCACUUUCCUCCCUCUUGCGACUCUCAUCGGGGGCAACAGGAGAGGCGGCAGGGGCGCAGGGCAAGGAGGAAGGCGCCGCACCCGCCACCGACGGGUCCUUCCUCUCUUCCCCUCCGCCUGCCCCCUGCUACCUAGGCGCCCUCGCUGGGAUGGCGGACACCAACCCGGACGCCAUCAAGAGAUACACCCCGCCCGUGCACAGGAAUCGUGCAAACAAUCGGCGGAAGUCUGGAGAUAGGGCUGAUAAGGCUAAUUACUCCUACAACAAUGAUGGAGAGAAGAGCCAUGUUCCUUCAUUAAAGAACCUUCCUCCAAUUGUUCCUCACGAAACAUUCUUCAGCAAUGUUCAGAAUGACUUCAAUCAAACAAGAUUAGUGCCUUUGGAGGGAUGUUCAGCCAGUGAGGCAUCACAGCUUCUCAAUGACCGUUGGACUGUUGCAAUGAACUUGUACAAUGAUCAAACAAUUGACUCCUCUGAGAAACCAGUAAUGUAUUCUGGAUCUACUGGUUCAUCAUGGGGUCACCUGAAGCUUCCUCAUCAGGUCAUAGAUGAACUUCCUUGAAGAGUUGCGUCGUGCAGUUGACGCUCAUACAGAAAUUGCAUCGCCUGUCGACUCCUGGAACUAACGGAAGUCAACAUCCGCAUCAUUACGGGUUAUGACUAGUUUAUGGAAGGCAGUCUAUUCGUCAGUUCAAUGUAUGUGUAUCUCAGGCACUCACGCUGUGCCAAAAUGCUUUCGUCUAACCUGUAGCUAUUGGGCUUCUUCUGGAAUCAGCAUUUGUAAGAUUGUACCACUAUAUCCUGGCCCUAUGGAUGAAAAGCAGCUUGUUGCAUCAGGUAAAUGACACACCGGGUACUCACACCAUCGCAACAGCUUGGUUGUUGUAUGCUACUUGAAGAAUCUGUGGUUAUCAUCCAUUUUCUCGACA